UCGAGUGUAACGGUUGCGUCCUGUUUAAAUUACGCUGCUGUCCCCUGUUUUGUUGUGGCCACUGCUUCGUCGCUCGAACUCGCUGCUGCUGCUGCUGCUGCUGAGAUGGCGUUCAACAAGGACGAAAUGCAUCCGCCGAGCUGGAUGGACCGAGCGUUCUUCGAGAAGGUCCUGCGGCACUCCGAACGCGAUAGCACGCUCGCGGUGACCGGCUGCCGCAUUGUCCCGGGCACCAAGCCGGGCGACCACUUCGCGAGCAUCAUCUUCCGGGCGAUCGUCACCCACAACAAGUCGCCCGCCGAGGUGUCGCUGAUCGUGAAGACGCUCCCGUUCGAGGACGGGCUCAAAAAGGAUCUGCUCGACGAUGGCUACGUGUUCGAGACGGAGACGCUCAUGUACACGGAGAUAGUGCCGGCCAUGCACAAGCUGCUGCGAUCCGUCGGCGAUCAGACCGUGCUGGGCGCGAGACUGCUGUACCACGAAAAGCUGCCAUCGUGGGUCAUGGUGUUUGAGGACAUCGCUAAGCAUGGCUUCGAGAUGAAGUCGAAGCAGUUGGACUAUGAAGAAUCGAAGGUCGUGUUUGCCAAGUUAGCCCGCUGGCAUGCCACUUCAAUGAUGCUUGCCGAUGAGAUUCCGGCCAUCAAGAAGCUUGCAAAGGGUGUGUUUAACCUGUUCGAAGAGAAAACUGAGUUUUUGAAAAUGUGGCAAGCCAACAUCGAGAUACUGGCAUCGAUCGUGCCGGAAAUUCCGGGCUGCGAGCAGUACGGCGAUCGGAUACUGGCUGUGAAGGAGAAAAUUUUCAAACGCGCCGCCACUAUCUACACGUAUGACGCGUCGUCCCUGGUGCACGUCCUCAACCACGGCGAUUUUCACUUCAAAAACAUGAUGUUCAAGCGUACCGAAGGAAAACUGGACGACAUAAUGCUGCUAGAUUUCCAGUUGAGCGUUUGGGGUACGCCAGCAGUUGAUCUCAUUUACGCCAUGUACAACGCGGUGUCGAUCGACACCAAGGAGGCGCACCGGGAGGAGCUGAUCUAUUUCUAUCACCAAGAGCUGGUCGAGUGUCUGCGAAAGAUUGGCUAUCUUCGCCGGUUACCAACGUUACUCGAUAUUCAGGUGGAGAUCAUGAAGUGUGGCCACAUGGAGUUCCUACUGUCGUCCACGUUCGUGCCCUUCAUGUGCGUAGAAAUGACCGAAAUCAUGGAUCUACCCGAGGAUGGUUCCGGUUUCGAGAUGGACUUCGCUAAUACCGAUAAGCUGGCAGAGAGUUUCAAAAAAUGCUUCCGGACGCCCGUCUACGUGGAUUUCAUCACGAAAAACCUGCCGAAAUUCGUCUACAAAGGCUUCGUGGACCUGGAUUAGCUCCGAAGGAGGCUCCUGCCGGUGGUGACCGUUUUUUCCCGUUUACUGGCGAUUUAGGAAUAAAAUGAGUAUUUUUCCAAUAAAACCUCUACUGGCAAUGCAGGGCAUUGUUGAUACGUCAGGA